AUGGGAAGGGUUAGUAGUAUAAAUACAGAAUCAAUAUAUUCAAGGCCAAGUGUGGCACCACCAGUGAGUGGUAGUGUGGAGAGUGAGGAUCAUUGGAGUAGCUUUGACAAUUCUGUGAAUGCAGUGUCGUUUGGGUUUGUUGCCACUGCCAUUCUCAUAUCUAUGUUCCUUGUUAUGGCCAUUUUUGAGAGGUUUCCCCGCCCCAGAUCGACAGCGGCCGGCGUUGGUGGCCACAGCCCUCGAGGGGUUGAGAAUACGAGGGCUCAUGAGAAGCUCGACCACCCUUCUCCAAAGACGACUGUUUAUGCAAAAGAGGUGUCAGUAUUGAUGCCGGGAGAAGAAAUUCCAACUUUCAUCGAGCAUCUUGCUCCUGCCCCUGUACCAUGUCCUCUAGAAAAAGUCUCAUUUUCGCAAUCAUAA